AGGGACAGUGCUACUUUUCUUAUUUGGUAUAAGAACUGUAUGCAGCUUGAUGUAUCAGUUUCCCGGAUUUAUCGAGGUUCCAAUCGGUGGCGAUAUUUUCCUCAAUUGUAACACAAUGGGUGCGUCUCCUUGUGACAGGAUUUCUUGGUACAAAGUAUCCAGAAUGGGGCAGAUGAAAAACGUAACAGCUGUGUUGGGUAAUAAAAGUCCCAAUGAUUACCUAUGCACCCUCACAAUCCCUAAUGCAACUCCAAAAGACUCCGGCACAUACUAUUGCUCUGGAUCAUAUAGUGUUUUGUCUUACAUUGGCAACGGAUCCAUCGUCAUUACCAUAGACCCCAAUGCAAAGCCCUCCAGUACAACAACCUACGUCUCAGCCAGCAAUGCUCUUUCAGAGGAGACUGAGCCAUCUGUCAUUUCCCUGCAGUGUGUGGUUAUGGGUGUAGGUACCUCUCAGGCCCGCGUGUUCUGGAUGAUAGAAGAGAAAGAGCGCACUGGAUGGACGGAGUCAAAUUGGGCAAACGGCAGUGAUUCAUUCACACCGUUCAUCCGAGCUCAUGCUUCUGUAUCAGCUGAGGAGUGGACAAUUGGCCCUGAAAUUAAGUGCGUUGUCGAAUUUAAUGGAAUGAUAUUCUCCAAAAAAAGUCUUCAAAUAUAUGACUCAAAUUCCAUCUGUUCACUGUUGAUGUAUGUGGGCUCCGCAGUGGCAUUUCUUAUCAUUGCUGUAACUGUGAUCAUCGUAUUUAAGAGAAAUUUGGAAAGAACAUUGUGGAGCCUAAUUUGUGCAAGAAAUAGAUGAAAACUACAAAUCUAAAUGUUAUGUUUUCAGCUGAGGCAAAGGUUUGCAUUUUUUUUUAGACUUUUAUAGAAAUGGAGAGUGGUAACUUAGUGAUAAGAUGAAAUCAUUUUCGUUUAAAAUGUGAAUCAAGAAAGAAAGAAUAAACAAUGAAAGGAAAAGCUUAUUCAUUAUUUGAUUGUCCUGUUUGUAUGUCAACAUAAGCCAUUAAGUGAUAGCUAUGCUGUGUAAUAAAUUAAAAAUAAAUUUUAA